AUGCGUGAACGUGGCGAAGCUGAGAUGCGCGAAGCGAUAUCAGCGGCCUUUCAAACAAUAACGCCAGACAUGAUACGCCGUGCAACACAGCAGAUUGUUCGAAGAGCCGAACUGUGUUUAGAAACACAAGCCGGAUACUGUCCGACUAUCAAGCACGCGGACAUUUCCGGCACAGCAGCAUCACUGCAACUGUCUACUGCCCGAACAUUCUGCCGUAUCAUUUACGCAGCGGCUGCCGAGCCUUCUCGAAAGGCAUCUUCCACCGAUACCUGGUCAGCGUCUUUUCCAAGUUUUGCCGCACCAACGCGCCUGGAAAUCGCUCAAGGUAUCUCAAGGAACCUUCUCGAAGCAUCGGUCCAGCCGCCAUAUUGCGUUACGGCACGCACGCUCAGCAACGAGGAAUCGUCUCGAAGCGUCGGUCCAGACGCCACAUUGCAUUGCGCCGCAUGCGCUCAGCAACAAGGACCUGCAGCGAGAUUUCGUCCCAGCCGUCAUACUGCGUUACGCAUCACGUGCUCGGGCUCAAGGACCCGCAUCGAACCGCCAUAUUGCAUCCACGCAACACGUGAUCGGCAACGAGGAUCCGCAUCGACGCGCCAGGUCAUCCGCCAUCUUGCGUCCCCGGUCUUCAACCCACGUGUUUCUGCACGCGCCUUAAGGAAUAUUCAUCGAAGAUACACAAGUAAGGAAAGCUUUUCAAUUUGCCGAUCAAAAACGUUUCUUAAUCUGUUCGUUGAUAUUGUUUACUCGAGUCCCGCGAUGGCAACCGAUUUUGAUCCCGCUCGGGCUAAAAAACGUCGCUCUAUUGUAAAGUCAGCAUGCACGCGGAUAAAAACGUACGUAGACUCUAUUACCGCGGUCACCCCGAGAGUGCUCUCACAACUCGAAGAACGCAAGGGAAAGUUAGAACAAUACUGGACUGAAUACAAUGAUGUGCAAACGGAGUUAGAAAUGUAUGUUGAGUCCGAGCAGAGUGAUAGAAUCGCGUUCGAAGAUGCCUUCUAUGAACUGUCGUCCAGGAUUCGCGACCGGUUAAGGCCUUCGUCGGCAUCGCGCAACGUGACUGCCCCCUCCCCUACGCCGUCAAACGUGUCUGACGCGCCUUCGUCUUCAUUCAAUGUUCGUCUGCCCAAGCUCGAUCUGCCAAAAUUUUCGGGCAAAUACGAUGAGUGGGUUCCCUUCUGCAAUGCUUUUCGAUCAGCUAUUCACUCGAAUCCGUCUCUGAGUAAUGUACACAAACUGCAAUACUUAAGAGCCGCGACCAACGGUGACGCGCAUAAGGUUAUUUGUUCUCUCGAGAUCUCGGACGAAAACUAUCCGGUCGCGUGGAAUUUAUUGAACGAACGCUAUGACAAUAAGCGCGUUAUUGUACAGAGUCACCUCAAAGCUCUAAUUGAGCUACCCAUUAUGAAGAAAGAAAGCGCCGCCGAGCUCCGGCAAAUCGCCGACGGUGCCGCGCGACACGUUCAAGCUUUAAAGGCAUUAAAGCGUCCGACAGACAAUUCCGACGACUUGCUCGUUUAUUUGCUUAGUGCAAAACUUGACCCGAAUACCACGCGCGAUUGGCAAAAAUCUCUCGCAAACGAUAAAUUGCCCACAUUUCAAGAGUUCUCGAGUUUCUUGGUACAGCAAUGUCAGGUUCUUGAAUCUACUCAAAGAUCUUCUGGUGCCGGCGCGCGGAACGCAACGUCGCGCUCGCAAUCCGACAGUAAGCAGAAAACUACAUGUAACGCGGCCGUGCAAUCUAAAUGUAAUUAUUGUCAAGCUGGCCAUUCCAUUUAUCAAUGCAAAAAAUUCUCAGCGCUUUCGGUUCAGCAGCGAAUAGAAAAUGCUCGGUCGCGCAAACUGUGCCUCAAUUGCCUGCGCCCGGCGGAUCACGCCACCAGGCAGUGUCCGUCCGGAAGUUGCAGGGUGUGCUCUCGUAAGCACAACACGUUGCUACACCUUCAAGGCUCUGCCUCGGAUCAAGCCAAGGUAGAGGACGAAACGAACCAGGUGUCUAACCCGAUCGAGGCCACUGCAUCUAAUUCAACUAACGUUGUUGCUACUCACUCCUACCGGGCCGGAAGUUCCGAUUGCGUCAUGCUGUCAACCGCGCUCGUGAUUGCCGAGGGAAACAACGAUUUGCGGCGCUCCUGCCGAGUGCUUCUGGAUUCUGGAUCACAAACCAGUUUCGUCACUAGAGAAUUCGUGAGGUCUCUAGGUCUCACUCCGCGCUCCACAAACGUUUCUAUAUCCGGUAUAGGCGGGGCUAUGACGUGUUCCAAGCAAGCGGUGCAAAUUACGUUACGAUCCAGAUUGAAUUCUUCCUCUCUCACUGUCGAUUGCAUCGUAGCCGAUCGUAUAACUGAUGACUUGCCGAGCUUUACUAUUAAGCGUUCCGCCUUUGAUCUCCCGCGUAAUCUUCCGCUGGCUGAUCCCAAUUUUAAUGUCUCAUCAGGAAUUGACGUGUUGAUCGGUGCUGAGGCUUUCUGGAGCCUUCUCUGCGUAGGGCAAAUCAGGGCAUCAAACAGACAUCCCCUACUGCAAAAGACAAGAUUAGGCUGGAUCCUAGCCGGUAAGUUAAAUGCGCCGCCUCCUCCGACGAGGCAUGUCAGAGCUCUCCACUCCGCUGUUAGCAAUUCCACACUACAUCAGCAACUUGCCAAAUUAUGGCACUUAGAGGACAUCUCUAACGACUCUCAAGCUCUUACUUCUCAAGAAAAGAUUUGCGAGAAUCACUUCGCAAGUACAGUGACCAGAGACGCUCAAGGCCGAUACAUUGUACAGCUCCCAUUCAAGCAGGAGUUGGUUUCUGAAUUAGGGCAUUCCAGAGAUAUCGCCUUGAAAAGGUUCUUCUCCUUAGAAAGACGUUUUGCUCGUCAACCUACCUUGCGGGCGAGGUAUUCAGAAUUCAUGCAAGAGUACCUCGCGCUAGGUCACAUGCGUCCGAUCCGCGAAGAGCCAACAAGCACGGUCAACGCCUAUUACCUUCCUCACCACUGUGUGGUAAAGGAGGACGCGAAGGGCACUAAGCUCAGAGUCGUCUUUGACGGAUCAUGCAAGACUGAAACCGGACUGUCACUAAACGAUUGCUUGCUAACAGGACCGGUUCUAGUACAUCAAGACCAUACGCGAUUCCAACGAAUCUUGUGGCGUCAGGAUAAAAGCGCGGAACUUCGAACUUUCGAAUUACUUACUGUUACCUAUGGUACCGCAUCUGCCUCGUACCUAGCUACGCGAUGCCUUACUCAUCUGGCUGAUCAUUAUUCUAGCGAAUUUCCCGUUGACUCUUUGCGUCUAAGGCGCGAUUUCUAUGUUGACGACCUGCUUACCGGGGCUGACACUAAGUCCGAAGCAUUAACUAUUCGGGAUCAAAUUAUUUUGUUGUUGAGACAAGGAUGCAUGGAACUGAGUAAGUGGGGAUCUAACUGCGCCGAGCUUUUAGAGAACGUCAAUGACCUCGGCGAAAGACUUGUGUCCUUCGAUAAGGAGAGCAACUUUCUCAUAUUGGGUAUCUUAUGGGACAGAGAAGAAGAUACGUUUCAUUUCUCAUUCACGGAUUCGCAAACCCCCAGCACUAUAUCAAAACGGUCUAUAUUGUCAGAGGUGUCAAGCCUAUUUGACCCUUUAGGAUUAAUUGGUCCCGUAAUCGUGGUCGCAAAGGUACUGCUGCAGGAAUUGUGGCAAUUGGGUCUGGACUGGGAUGAGUCCAUUCCCCAGGACCUCCACGCCAAAUGGAUUCAAAUUAAAACACAGUUGCCAGAUUUGAGCGCAUUACGAAUCCCUCGUCGCGUUAAAUAUCAGGCUGAUCCCAAUCGCAUCCAGGUUCAUGGCUAUUGCGACGCGAGUCAACUCGCUUAUGGUGCCUGUAUAUAUGUUCGCAGUCAAAUUGAUACAGACAGCUUCCGCUCGCAGCUUCUAUGCUCGAGAUCUCGAGUUGCGCCCCUCAAGGCGCUUUCCUUGCCACGCCUCGAACUCUCGGCGGCCUUGCUUCUGGCUCAACUCGUGGACAAUUAA